GAUAAAUUCAGGGCACAUGGCCAAAUUUUGGUCCGUGUUAUUCAGAGAAAAUGUUUCGAUGGCAAUGAACGAAAUUAUGAUACAAGGGUAGAUACUUACCACUAGCAUACUUUAGCGGCUAAUAUAGGUUUGAAUUUCGAUCUUCAUUGAACAUAUAAGUCAAGUUUUCACAUAUUUGCGACCAAAACAUUUGCAGCUUUGUUUUCAUGCCUCGUUUUCAUUUCUCGGAGACAGGUGCCCGGAUUAUACCUCAUAAUAUUAGUCCGGAAGAUCCCUCACUUUCUCACCAGUUUAGACAUAUUUAUCGUGUAUCAAAUUGUCUUAUGUACCAUUGAUAAAAUCAAUCAUAUACCGUAGAAGUAAAUAGUCUCACUUUAUAUUGCGAAACGCAAGCAAUUAGCCUGAAAUAGCGUGUUGAAGUUUGACCUACUUUCCCUAAGACGAACUCAAGAAAUGUGGUAAAUAAUGGUGGACGUAGACAUAGACCUGUAUGCCGACAAUAUUGGCGAAGAUUUCACUGCAGAUACAGAUGGUCAGUUCAAUGACAAUGUUGAUCUCUAUGAUGAUGUUAUUACAACCCCUGCUAGUUCCCAGCCACAGCAAGUACAAGUAGAACAGCAGCCACACCAUGUUCCAGCUGCUGUUAAAUCACCCCCUCCCACAUCUGCUCCCCCUCCAGCUGGUUUCAACUAUCAUGGAAAAAGAGUUGCCCUCUAUGUAGGAAAUCUCACGUGGUGGACCACAGAUCAAGACCUUACAAAUGCUAUAACAGAUAUAGGCAUCACAGACCUUGUAGAUAUCAAAUUCUAUGAGAACAGGGCUAAUGGACAGAGCAAAGGGUUUGCUACUGUGACAGUUGGUUCAGAGAACUCCUCUCGGACCCUGAUGGACCGUCUCCCAAAAGUCCAGGUACAUGGUCAACCCCCUGUCGUCACACACUGUAAUAGAGGAGCUCUCGCUAAGUUUGAGGCUGCUGCGAAAAAAGAUAAUCCACCACAACAGAAUGGCGAUGGAGCCCACUACAACCGUAAUUCUGCAGGUCGUGGUCGGGGCUUUAUCCCCCGUGAUGGAGGUUUCCAGCACAGAGGCCAGCGCCCCCAAGGUCCACAUCAGCAAGGACCUCCACAUCAGGGUCCACCACACCAAGGGGGACCUCCUCCACAGUUUGGAGGACCACCACAUCAGGGUCCACCACAUCAAGGGGGACCACCUCCACAGUUUGGAGGACCCCCAAGAGGGCCUCCUCAGCAAGGACCCCCAAGAGGCCCACCCCAGGGGCCACCUCAGGGACCCCCUGGCCAUGGAAUGCCUCCAAGAGGACCACCAGGACACGGACCCCCGGGAAUGAGAGGGCCUCCCCCAGGUCAUGACCCCAGAGGACCACGCCCAGAAUGGGAGAGACCUCCAGCAUUUGGUGGUCCAGGUGGCCCACCCCCAGGUCACCCUGGAGGUCCUCCUAUUGGUCACCCAGGAGGACCCCCUCAGCAGGGACCACCAGGUGGAGUACCCCCACCCCAGAUGAGACCACCCCCACAGGCACAAGGACCCCCAGGUAUCCCAAUGCAACCAGGUCUUCCCCCAGGCCACCCAGGUGCAGCAGCCCCCCAGCCACAUGUCAACCCUGCAUUCUUCCCCCCACAGGCACAACCACCCCAGGGUGCACCUGUGGAUCAGUAUGGAAGACCUGUUCCAGUACCAGGUCCAGACCCAAAUGCCAGGCCUGUGGACCCCUACAUGAGACCUUCUGCCCCUGUAGGUUAUCCUGGUCCAGGACCAGGGGGUGAUCCAUAUGGACGCCCAGAGAGACAUGAGCCACCUGCCCCUGCUAUGAGUGAACAAGAAUUUGAGGAGAUCCUCCAGCGAAACAAGACUGUUUCAAGUAGUGCUAUAUCACGAGCUGUUCAAGACGCGAGUGCUGGUGAAUAUGCUAGCGCAAUAGAAACUUUAGUGACUGCAAUAUCUCUCAUCAAACAGUCCAAGAUCAGCAAUGAUGACAGGUGUAAGAUCUUAGUUAGUUCUCUACAAGAUACACUACAUGGCAUUGAGUCAAAGUCUUAUGGACAAAAGCCUGUAGCCAGAGGAACCAGUCGCGAGCGAGGCAGGACUAGGUCGCGAUCAAGAGAUCGGGAACGAAGUGAAUCAAAGCGCUCCAGACAUAGAUCACGAAGCAGAGAGAGGGAGAGUCGCGGGGAUUACCGAGAAAGUAGUAGACGUUCAGAG